AUGGCUGAAGAACCUCCUACCAAGCGCAAGUGCCUCGGUGCUGACUGCAGUAAUGAUGCUGGGUCUCUGCAAUGCCCUACAUGCUUGAAGCUUGGGAUCAAGGACAGCUAUUUCUGCUCCCAGGACUGUUUCAAGAAGAACUGGGGAAACCACAAGUCAAUGCACAAGCAGGAGAACAAAACCGGCGAUUACAACCCCUUCCCGACCUUCUCAUACACCGGCCCCCUGCGCCCCGUUUAUCCCCUCUCCGAAAGACGCAAGGUUCCCGACACCAUUCCUCACCCAGAUUAUGCGCGGGACGGCAUACCCAAGCUUGGACGUUCCAUAGUCAACAGGCAUAAGGUCGAGCAGCUGGACAAGAAGGCACAGGAUGCCAUGCGCAAGGUCUGCCGGUUGGCGAGAGAGGUCCUUGAUAUCGCGGCCGCUGCUCUGAAGCCUGGAAUCACCACGGAUGAGAUCGACAAGAUUGUGCACGAGGAGUGUAUCAAGCGCGAUUCCUACCCCUCGCCGCUGAACUACAACAUGUUCCCCAAAUCAGUGUGUACCUCUGUGAACGAGGUCAUCUGCCAUGGUAUUCCUGAUCGGUACGUUUUGAAGGACGGGGACAUCGUCAACCUAGACGUCACGCUCUAUCACAAGGGCUACCACGGAGACCUGAACGAGACAUAUUAUGUGGGCGACAAGGCCAAGGCAGACCCGGACACGGUGCGCGUGGUCGAGACGGCACGCGAGUGCUUGGAGGAGGCUAUCAAGCUGGUCAAGCCAGGUACACUCUACCGCGAGUUUGGCAAUGUGAUCGAGAGGCACGCCAAGGACAAGAACUGCAGCGUCAUCCGCACUUAUGUCGGCCAUGGUAUCAACACCAUCUUCCACUGCCCGCCCAACAUCCCGCACUACGCCAAGAACAAGGCUGUCGGCGAGUGCAAGCCCGGUCAGACCUUCACCAUCGAGCCCAUGAUCGCGCUCGGCAAGUACCGUGAUGUGACAUGGCCGGACAACUGGACCAGCACGACCGUGGAUGGAAAGAAGACAGCGCAGUUCGAGCACACCCUGCUCGUGACUGAGGAUGGCGUCGAGGUCUUGACAGCACGUCAACCAGAUUCCCCUGGAGGUCCUAUAGCAUUGCCCGAGCCAGCAGCGGCUGCAUGA